AUGGCGACGUUGAUCUUAUAUAUUUUCUUUAGCAUUGUUGGGUCACUGUUAAAAACACUGAUUGAUGAGAGAAGCAGAGUCCCAGAAGCAUCAACAACAGAAACAGAAACAGAAGUGAGGAGGCAGAUAAGAGAUACUAUUGUGAUGGAUCAUAUUGUAAGAUUAAUGGCUCAUCAGAGAGAACAUCAAACAAGGCUGCAAUUCAAUGGUGAUUCUGCUGUUAUAACUAUGGGUAGGAAAGCUUUGAGGGUGUUGCCACCGGUUAAGAGCUUUGUUGUUGAAGAUAAAAGCAGUGGAUGCUCCCCACUUGAAUGCUCUAUUUGCAUGGAAGUGUUCAAGGAUGGGGAGUUGAUUCAACCUCUUGGAUUGUGUCCUCAUCAGUUUCAUUCUUCUUGUCUUUACUCUUGGCUUCAUAGUGGAAAAUCUACUUGCCCCCUUUGCCGUGUGGAUUUAGCAACCACAUAG